AGAGAUUCAUCAUUUUUCUUAACCAAAGAGCUUCUUUCCCCCCAAACCGUCUUUGGAUUCCCCGUAUUAAAAAGAAAUUCGGGUCACAGAAAAAUAUCUAAUCUGGUCACUAAUUUUUGUUGUUUUUCUUAAAAAAUUGUCAGUCUUUUUUUUCCUCGUGGGGGUUUAUGUAUCAGUAUCAGUCUCUGAAAAAACCGUUUUAUUAAGGAAAUCCCAAAACUUAAAUAAACAAAGAAACAAAAGUCAUCAUCUUCUUCCUCAUACCACCAUUAAUUAGAUCUCAUUAUCUCAAAAACCCUAGGAAAAAACCCUAAUUUACAAUAGACACAAAUAAAUUUAAAUAACCCUUUUUCUCAAAUUCAGUCGUUUUCAAUCCCCUUUUGUCUGCUUAUCAAACAAAUCCCAUUUUCUCUGGUAAUUCAGAAAGCAAUGUCUGGUUCAGGAAGAUUUUCAAUGGCUCGUAGUCGAAGUGGUGAUCGAUUCUAUAAUCCUCCUGCCAUUCGUAGACAUCAACAACAACAGCUAUUACAACAACAACAGCAAGAACAUGAACAAUACCAAUUACAACAAAACCAGUUUCAUCAUCAAAAUCAAAUGAUGAUGUUGAUGAGAACAAAAUCACCUAACAACCGGACAGAAUCAGAUGAUUCUUCACCAUCUUCAUCGUCAAAACCCUCAUUUUCGCCGCCACCACCUAAAAAAUCAUUAAUAAAUUCAACCAACUUGGAACGGUUUCUCGAAUCGGUUACUCCUUCUGUUCCAACUCAGUCCUUCUCUAAGACAAGUAUGAAGGCAUUAAAAACAAGUGAUACGGAUUGCUUACAUCCAUAUUUCAACUUGGGAGAUCUAUGGGAGUCAUUUAAAGAAUGGAGUGCAUAUGGAGCAGGAGUACCUCUUGUAUUGAAUGGAAGUGAUUCUGUUGUGCAAUAUUAUGUUCCAUACUUGUCGGGUAUUCAGCUUUAUGUUGACCCUUCAAAGCCAUCUCCCGGGUUAAGUCGACCUGGUGAGGAAAGUGAUGCUGAAUCUUCGAGGGAGACGAGUAGCGAUGGCAGUGAUUGUGACUUGGAAAGACAAUCUAAACAUCUUCAAGAUGAAUUAUGGACGAAGCAGAACCCAGCAGAUGUACAGAGAUCAUUCAGGGAUAAACCUCUCAAUGGUACAUGUAGUGAUGAUGGUGAGGUUAGCAUCCCUCCAGGGAAAUUGAUAUUCCAAUACAUAGAGCGUGAAGCUCCAUACAGCCGAGAACCCUUGGCUGAUAAGAUAGCAGUUCUUGCAUCUCGAUUCCCAGAGCUCAAGGCGUACAAGAGCUGCGAUCUGCUAUCUUCAAGUUGGAUUUCUGUGGCUUGGUAUCCUAUAUAUAGGAUACCCACAGGACCCACUUUACGGGAUUUGGAUGCGUGCUUUUUAACCUUCCACUCCCUAUCAACACCUUUGAGGAAUACACCUAGUGGCCUCCCUGGCUCAAGUAUUGUCAAGUUUAACGGGGCAAUUGAUUCUUCCUCGAAACUAACACUACCAGUCUUUGGACUUGCAUCGUACAAAUUCAAGGGUUCUGUUUGGACUCCAAACGGAUCAUAUGAACGUCAACAAGCAAGCUCAUUAUUGCAAGGUGCUGACAACUGGCUUAGGCUCUUGCAGGUUGAUCACCCUGAUUACAGGUUCUUUGCCUCGCACAAUACAUACCGGAGGUAAGAGGUUUUCUUAAAACCUACUAAUAAGAAAUAGAAGAAAGAGGAACAGUAGUUCUAGAUCUCGGUCAUUGGAACAGCUGGUGUUGCUCCGUGUGUCCCAACUAUUUGUGGCAAUGAAUAGUCACUCCUUCUGAUGUGUCCUUUGGUAGAAUGUCAUCCUCAGUUUCUUUUGCUACUCUGCUCUUCUGUGUACAACGUUGGUUGUGUCUCUAUGUUUUACAUCUCCCCUCCUCCUGAGUGUUUUUCAGAAGCGGAUAUGGUAGAAGAGAAAAACAUGUUUGUGGUUUUGAUCAGUAUAACGUUAAUGGGACCUGGUACUUUCAGUCGGCGGUGUUUGAAAAGUUGACUCUGUUACACAAGGACAGCAUUAGUCAAGGGAGGGUGUGACAAUCUCUCUUAUUUUUUUUCUUUUUUUUUGGGUUCAAUUUUUGGAAUACAGGAAAGAAGCUGAUCAAUUUGGCUGGAAUCGGUCGACAUCUAUUAAUGUUGUCUGACGAGGUUUUUGAGAUAGAUUAGAUUAUAGAGAUAGGAUCUGAAAAGGUAAAAAAAAGAAAAGAAAAGAAAUGUGUGUCGCUUAAGAUAUGUAUUUAAACGUUAAUAGCUUUUGUCAUAUUUUUGGUUGUUUGAACAUAUAAACGUAGUCAGUAUUAACUGGGUGAUUAUGUUAAAACCCCCCAGGAUAGUAUUUAUACUGGAAAAUAGUGAAAAUAUGAAUCGAUAUCUUUUGUUGAGAUGAUUCUGGGCUCA